AUGCGGCAAGACACGGAAUUGCCAGAAUCUGCACUGCCGGGUAGGCCGAGUCUCAGCAUCGGCACGUACAUCCUCUGCUGCUUCAGAAAGGGAUGGUAUAGAACGGUGCUGAUCCACCUGGGCGGCGGAACCUUCAAGAACGACCAGGAAUUCUUCCGUAAUCUCCGAGACGAGUAUAGAAGGGUUCGUGGCUGGUGGCACUGGUGCAGCCUCUCCGUCGUGGUUCAGAUCAGAUUCGUCAGGUUCACCCAAUACUACCUCGACUUCGUCGACUGCCACGAAUCCGGCGUCCUCCCCCCACCCGACAACCCCGACUACGACUACCACCCCAAGCCGCCGCGCAACCCACCCACCUUGCCCGCCACGGAGCUGAUGCACUACUUCGACUCCCCCGAGUGCGCGGGCACCGCCACGUACUGUCUAGACCUUCUGCCGAAGCGCGUUGCGGGGCGGCUGGAGCGCGGGGCGCGCGCGGAGGGGUGGGGGCUGCAGCCGGGGGAGGGGCUGUCGCUGUGGAGGUUGCUGCUGUUGCUGCUGGCCGUGUGGAUAAGUACAAUGGUGUUUGCGGUGUGGUGGUUGGUGGGGAGGGGGGAUUUGCAGGGUGCGUUUGUGCCUGCGGGGUAUGUGGUGGCGGUGGUGGCGGUAGGGGUGGUGUUGCCGGAGAUGAGGGUUGUGUGGGUUAAAUAA